CCUGUCAACAGAGUUGCACAACAGUUCCAGCAGCGGCGAAGUAAAAAUUAAUAAUUUUUAAUUAAACUCUUGAGAAAAUGUUGCGAGCUGGAUGCCAACUGCUGACGCAGUCCGCCCUUCCGGCCGGAAAGACGGGCGGGAACAGCUUCGCCCUGGAAUUCGUCCGCUGGCGCAGGAAGCCGCGCUGGCUGCCGGUGGCCAAGAGCAAGAUGUUCCGCGUGCCCGAGCGCAAGAAGCAGACGGAGGAGGAGCGCACGGAGCUCAUGAGGCUCCACAACCAUUACAAAACCCAGCUCCGCUCAGUGCGUCAGUUCCUGAGGGAGGAAAACGUUCGACAUGACGAAACCUCCACCGUAGACCACAUCGUGCUCACUCCCGAGCAGGAGGAGGCCGAGUUCCAGAAGUGCAUUGAUGCCAAUGCCGCCUGGAACGCAGCCAUUGCCAAGGAGCGGGACCAGCGUUUGGCCAAGGAGCGAGAGGAAAAGGUUGCCUAUGUCCAGGAGCGACUGGAGGCACGACAGGUGCGAGAGGAGGAGCGCAAGGAGCAGGCCAACCAGCGGGUUCUGCUCGAGAUCGAGCGAUCCAAGACGUACAUAACCAGAGAAAACUUGGACGCAGCCAUUGAGACCGCUUUGGCCAACCCCGUGGACCACAACUACGCCAUCGACCUGGCCGGAAAUCUUUACCAGGGAAGAAGCACCACUCAGCUCCCAGAUGCCAGUCCAGAGCCCAACCAGCAGGUCGCGAGUAAUUAAUCGAUUGUCUUAGUUUGUUGUUAUAUUAAAAAAGCUUUCUUUGCUAAAUGUGGUUUCUUAGGAAUAUGAACCUUAUUUACCAAUUCAUA